UGAGGAUUUUAAUCAUUGGGAGCCACACUGAAAAUAAUUCCCCCUGUAAUCCACUCCUAGCUGAUUGUCACUAACUUUGGGCAUAUCAGCUUCGGCAACCACCGACAAUGGUCCUUUCUGAAAUAGCAUCUGUGAUUCAGUUAUUCAGAACCUGAUGAAGUUGGCGACUCUAUGACAAUGUAGAGAAAUCAUGACAGAAAAUGUGGUUUCUACUGGGACUGUCAAUACCGUAAAGGAAGUUUGGGAAAAAAGAAUAAAGAAACACAAUGAAGACUUGAAGCGGGAGAAAGAAUUUCAACACAAGCUAGUGCGGAUCUGGGAAGAACGAGUAAGUUUAACUAAGCUAAAAGAAAAGGUCAUUACGGAAGAUGGAAGAGUCAUUUUGAAGAUAGAAAACGAGGAAUGGAAGACUCUCCCUUCUUCUCUACUGAAACUGAAUCAGCUACAAGAGUGGCAACUCCAUAGAACCGGUUUGCUGAAAAUUCCUGAAUUCAUUGGAAGAUUCCAGAACCUUAUUAUAUUAGAUUUAUCUCGAAAUGCAAUUUCAGAGAUACCACGAGGAAUUGGACUGCUAACUAGACUUCAGGAACUGAUUCUUAGCUACAACAAAAUCAAGACUGUCCCCAAGGAACUAAGUCACUGUGCCAGCUUGGAGAAAAUAGAACUGGCAGUUAACAGAGAUAUAUGUGAUCUUCCACAAGAGCUUGGCAAUCUGUUAAAACUUACUCACCUUGAUUUGAGUAUGAACCAUUUUACUACAAUCCCUCCUGCUGUGUUGAACAUGCCUGCCCUUGAGUGGCUAGACAUGGGAAGCAACAGACUUGAACAACUUCCUGAUACUAUAGAAAGAAUGCAAAGUCUGCAUACAUUAUGGCUGCAACGGAAUGAAAUAACAUGCUUGCCAGAAACCAUUAGCAAAAUGAAAAAUCUGGGUACUCUUGUUCUCAGCAAUAAUAAACUGCAAGAUAUCCCAGUUUGCAUGGAAGAAAUGGCAAAUCUGAGGUUUGUCAACUUCAGAGACAACCCGCUGAAAUUGGAAGUAACACUCCCUCCCAGUGAAAGCAUAGAUGAAGAAGAGGAACGGGAAUUAUUUGGCCUUCAGUUUAUGCACAUGUACAUACAAGAGUCACAGAGAAGAGCAGAUCACCAAGUCAACUGUUCAACUACUUUACCAAUCUCUACAAAUACAGAUGGAUAAUAUAAUUCAAGAUGCCCUGCUGAAGAGGAUUACUUCAGGAAUUUGGUGAAUUUUCUAAUGUUUGGACCUCUGAAGUAAAAUACAAAGCUAUUACCAAAAGUUUAAUGAGGCCAAAGCAUCUUUUAAAGUUCAUAUUAUCUGCUAUUGAAAUUAUAUUUUUGUGAAUAUAAAAAUAUAAUUAAAAACUUUUUUUGGUGGAA